GUGCGCAGAACUUGCGGCUACAUGACAUGUUUAUGUACCUCGCGCUCCUCCCUCUCCUGCCUGACUGCUACGCACACCAGGCUGUCAUUCCUACAGUCAGCAGUCAUGUAUUAACAGCCUCCUCCGGGUUCUGACGGCCGUCUUCCUUCACGUAAUGGAGCUUUUGGGCACCAACACGCAGGCGACGGCUGAUGCCGAGUCUGCGGCAGACGGUUGCAGCUGCGCCGCAGACGCCGACGGCAGAGACGGGGCAGGGGAGAGGAUGGAGAGGACGGAGAGGACGGUGCCCAGCGAGCACCAGGACAGGACCAGCAACCAGCAGCAGCAAACCGCCGGGGUGCUCGAUAAACUGUUUGGGAAACGACUUCUGCUGGCCAGACAUUACAUCAACUCUCGCAAGUCUUGGUUAAAGAUGGUUCCCACACAAAACUGUGACAUCCUGAUGACUUUUCCAGAUACAAUAGAUGACCACUCUCUGCUGUGGCUUCUGAAUCAAAUUCGUGUUGGAAUCCCACAGGUCAGCAUCCAGGUCCGGCAACAUAAACACACCCAGACCCACGCCUUCUUCAUCACAACAACAUUUGAAAACCUGCUGCGAGGAGCCGAGCAGAUGGGCAUGUACAAGACUGUGAAGCCACAGUUUGGUGGUGGCAUGCGCCGCUUCGCCUGUGAAGAGGACAACAUAUAUGAGAACAUAGAAAGCGAGCUUUGCUUUUUCACUUCGCAGGAACGCCAGAGCAUCAUUAAGUAUUGGCUGGAUAACCUGCGUGCCAAACAGGGGGAAAUGCUCCACAACAUCCACUUCUUGGAGGGGCAGCCAAUAAUUCCAGAGCUAAUCGCUCGGGGAGUGAUCCAUCAGAUGUUUCCUCUUCAUGAACAAAGAAUACUCAACCAGCUGAUGACUUCGUGGGUCCAGGCUGUGUGUGAAAGGCAGCCCCUCGAUGACAUUUGUGACUACUUUGGAGUGAAGAUUGGCAUGUACUUUGCUUGGCUGGGUUUCUACACCAACUCCAUGCUCUACCCUGCCGUCAUUGGCUUUCUGCUGUGGAUACUAGCAGAAGAUGACCAGACUAGCCAGGAUAUCUGCUGUGUAGUUUUUGCUCUCUUCAAUGUCAUCUGGGCAACUUUGUUUCUGGAGCGCUGGAAGCGGCGAGAAGCAGAGCUGGCCUACAGGUGGGGCACCCUGGACACCCCCGUCGAGUCCUUGGAGGAGCCCAGGCCCCAGUUCAGGGGUGUGAAGCGGUGCAGUCCCAUAACGGGCUGUGAGGAGUUCUACUACCCCGCCUGGAAGAGAGCCAUGUUCAGAUGGCUGGUCAGCCUUCCGGUCUGCCUGCUCUGCCUCUGCUUCGUCUUUCUCGCCAUGCUCCUCUGUCUUCAGCUGCAGGAAGUGGUGAUGGAGAUUCAGGAGCUGCCUAGUAUCACAAGAUUUAUCCCUAAGAUACUUCUGGCCAUCACUGUAACUGUAUGUGAUGAGGUGUAUAAGAAGAUUGCCUACUGGCUUAAUGACAUGGAGAACUACAGAUUUCAGAGUGCCUACGAGAACAAUUUGAUCAUCAAGAUGGUUUUUUUUGAAUUCAUCAAUUCUUACCUCAGUCUUUUCUACAUUGGAUUCUAUCUCAAGGACAUGGAGCGACUGAAGGAGAUGCUUGCUACUCUGUUGAUUUUCCGCCAAUUCCUGCAAAACAUCAAAGAAGUCCUUCAGCCAUAUCUCUACGAGCAAAGCAAGCUCGGCGUCUUCACCCCAAAGGUCUUAUGGGAGCUCCUACAAGUCAUCAUUCUCAAGUAUGGGCGCCUGGCUCUUGGGAAGGCACAAGCCUCAAUGACGUCCUACUCUUUCUUGAGUCCCAGAGGAAUCUCAAAGAGUCACGCUGCAAACUGUAUCCAGGAACCGAAGAGAAGAGGAGAUCUGAAAGCUGGCUUCAGGCUCUCAGAGGAGGAGUGGGACAUGAACGACAGCAUUAUGAAGCAUCGGAAAGUCAGCUUCACCGAGAAGGUGGACUAUAAGAAUGUCAAGACGGAGACCCAGGCUGUGGAGGACAGUUUCCUGGAGGACAGUCCGACGCUGAUGGAAGACGGGAUGGAUCCAUCCAGUAUUUUUGACAGUUGUGAUGAGGACAGUGACUGUGAAUCGCUGUCUCAGCAGGAGACCAAGGAGAAUGUUAAUGUGUCCUCUUCAAAAGAGUCCAACUCUGUCUGCCAGAGAAGGAAUGUAGGCGAGCGGAAAGAUGACAAGAAAUCUUGGAUGGAUCCACCAGAAGAACCCAAAACCGUUGCUUUGACUCAGGCUGAGAUAGAGAGUUGUAUGCAGACUUAUGAGGGAACACUUCAAGACUACCAGGAGAUGUUCAUUCAGUUUGGCUACGUGGUGCUCUUCUCCUCGGCCUUUCCCCUGGCAGCCAUGUGUGCUCUUAUCAACAACAUCAUUGAGAUACGAAGUGAUGCCCUGAAGCUGUGCACCGGCCUCCGGAGACCGUUCGGACAGAGAGUGGAGAACAUCGGACAGUGGCAGACUGCAAUGGAGGCCAUGGGCUUGAUAGCCAUUAUAGUUAACUGUUACCUGAUUGGUCAGUGUGGCCAGCUUCAGCGUCUGUUCCCCUGGUUAAGCCCUGAGAUGACCAUCAUCUCCAUUGUCUUGCUUGAGCACUUUGCAAUCCUCCUAAAGUACGUUAUCCAUGUCGCCAUCCCUGAUAUCCCUGGCUGGGUAGCAGACGAGAUGGCCAAGCUAGAGUACCGACGAAGGGAAGCUUUCAAGAAACAUGAGCUGCAGGCACAGCAGCACUUCCAGCAGCAACUCCGGCGCCGCCGGGAGGAGGAGGAGCUUCACCGCCAGGCCGAGCUGCAGGCAGAAGCUCGUCAUGAGAGCGACAAUAAGGCGGACAUGCAGCACCAGCACCACCACGACAAAUCACAGGGCAGCAAGCCUGGCGACAAGCCCAAGAGGCCCAGCUCCCUGCUGGGGAAUAAUAACGUGAUGAAGCUCAAACAGAUCAUUCCUCUCCAAGGGAAGUUCUCCUCUGGGACAUCCCGGUCACCAGCUCAGUCCCCGACGGGGGGCGAAGCAAAGCUGCCUGGAUUUCUGAAGUUCCUAAAGUCACCUGAAGUGAAAAAAGAGCCAGCGGUGGCAUCUGGAGGAACACCAGGCUCAGCAGUGACGUCUUCUGCUCCCCCUGGUGGACAGGAGAGACCACAAUCCCCAAACAGAACAUUUAGUCCAGGGAAGCUGUUCAGUUUUAGCAAAUCAGAGGGUACCGUGGUGUGUGCUAAUGGCACACAGCAGCCGAACCAGGCUACUAACUCUCAACCUAACACAACCACAGAGGAAUUACCCUCAAACGAGUCAGAUAAAGGAGAAUCAAGACUACAAACUGAUUUAGAAAACCCAAAGACCUAACAAAUGAUCACCCACAGCAACGUCAUAUUAGGAAGGGAAAAAACUGUACAAAUGAUCAUGCAAAAUGUAGAGGCACUGAUGCACCCCGGUGUUAAACCACAAGGAUCACAUGCAGCAAGUGUUCAGCUUUCACUCUUUAUGCAACUCCAUAAAGCGUGUCACUGUCUCUGCUUAUACUUAAUUACCUAACUUCCAUGUAUAAACUGUACAGUAAGUGUCACUGAUUCUAUGGGGGUCCAGUAACAGUGCAGCCUGAUCUGAGACAGUACCAGAGACAGAAAUGGUCCUGAACCAAGACAGUAGAAAGGCAGUUUGUUAGUCAAUCUUCCAAGUUGGUGCUGGUAUUGGAUGCAUGUUUCCAUGUGCAUGCGUGACAUGUUCACUGUCUUUUCAGUUGCAAUGCACGUUCAAAGCCAUUGGGAUUCUUCUGCACUAGGUCAGAUAUAGUCACUGUGACCAUAAAAAAAUCUAUUUUUACAAACUUUGAUUUUCUAUGAAUUUAUUUUACUACAUAAUUUAGUGACUGUAACUAUAUGAGGCAAAUAAAUGUCACUCAGUUCAAUGUCCAUCGGAGAGAAACAGGAUAGGAGGAGCUGGUGUUGCUUUAUGAGAGACCAUGCUGCUGCUGGGUUCUGAUGCCUCCAGGCAGUGGCAACCACAAGGGGGCAGGAGGCGAACUCUGACCUAUUGGUUCAGCCACCACUGUUUCAACUUACAGUGAGGAUGAAAAAAAGAGUUCACCCUGUUUGUUCUUGGGUUUAAUAUAUAUUAGGACACAAUCAAAUUUCUCACACUGUUUUGAACAAAAAGUAAACCAUGACGGAAACAUUGGU